CUUAGCCAGGAAGAGAAACACGUAGCAAUUAAUAGGACACGAACAGCUUUAACAAGAUUAACAUCAGAAAGCUUGCUUAAAUUAUCAUCGUCAUCCCUGGAGACACAUUGACCAAGACAAACAAAUAAACUCUGGAACACACUGAAAUGGGAUUGCUCUCAAACAGAAUCGACAGGGACAGCCUUAAACCAGGCGAUCACAUCUACUCAUGGCGUUCUGCUUAUAUUUAUGCCCAUCACGGCAUCUUUGUUGGGAAAGAUAAAGUUAUUCAUUUCACAAGACAUGGUCAAGAAGUGGGCACUGGAACUGUAUUAGACCUCCUUUUGGCAAGUUCAGGACCACCCCGCUCUAACGUUCCCUGUGAUUCCUGUACCCCGCCACAAGAAGGCCAUGGUGUUGUCUCUUCAUGUCUAGAUUGUUUUCUUAGAGGAGGCAUCUUAUACCGCUUUGAGUAUGCAGUAAGCCCUGCUCUCUUUCUUGCAAAAGCACGUGGUGGGACUUGUACUCUUGCUGUCUCUGAUGAAGCAGAAGCUGUAGUGGAUCGGGCGAACUGCUUGCUUAGCAAUGGCUUUGGGUGCUACAACUUAUUCAAGAACAACUGUGAAGACUUUGCUAUAUAUUGCAAGACUGGGUUGCUUAUUCUGAACCAGAGCACAAUGGGACAGAGCGGGCAAGCAGUAUCCAUAAUCGGGGGACCCCUUGCAGCAGUUAUAGCAACACCGCUGACCCUUGUCACUACAAACGUGUAUGGAAUGGCUGCCACUGCAAUAGGAGUGUACUGUGUCAGCCGAUAUGCUGCUGAUAUAGGAAUGAGGAAUGACGUGGUGAAGGUUUCAGCCAAGGAUCUGACUGAAAGACUAGCUAUAGGUGCACUCCAGGUUAUUGAACCAAGUCUCUUAGCUUUGCCUUCUCCAGUUACGUUUCUCUUGCCUGGCUAAGAUUUAUAAGACAUGACUUAUUAAUGUUAUGUAUGGUUGUGUUAUGUGAGUCUAGUUUUAAUGAUAAUGAAACAGAGCUUGUAUUUUAUUUUUCAAACUCCGACAGAAGAGAGUCGGUGUGAGAGGCAUUAGCUUCUGCACAAUGCUCAAUGUUGGUGUGUUUUCAUGCCAAGCAUUGUUAUUUGUAUCUCUGUCUUGAAUGCUCAAUGUUAUAAUUUGUUCUAGGUUUUAUAGAGUUAAA